AUGACUUCUCAAAUCCCCCAAAAGCGCAUCUUCUUAACCGGAGCCAGUGGCUACGUAGGCUCCGUCAUAACAGAACUCGCAAUCAAAGAUGGCUACCAAAUCCACGGUCUCUCCCGCCACGAAGAAAGCGACUCGAAACUCCGCAACCUCGGCGCUGUAAGUCAACAUACCCACUUCCUGGCACCCCCCUGUUUCUGGCACCCACAAAAACGCGAAAAUCCACCACAACCCAAUGCCCACCCCCAACCUCCUUUUAUCACAACAUUUUCAAUUCGCGUCCAAAUGGGCUCAUCUUUUGCACAUGUCUUCUUCUAUAUAUAA